CAACCAAGAGAGAAAAAGAAAAGAAACAAUGGACUCAUCUCCUAAACCCAAUAACAACGAUGCCUACCAACACCUCUUCGUCAUGCGUCACGGCGAUCGCAUCGAUAACUUCGAGCCACUCUGGGUCUCAACAGCUGCGAGACCCUGGGAUCCACCUCUCGUUGAAGACGGCAUGAUUCGAGCUUUCAGAACCGGUCAAAGGAUCCGAUCUCAGAUCGGGUUCCCGAUUCACCGCGUCUUCGUCUCCCCUUUCCUCCGUUGCAUUCAGACAGCUUCCGAGGUUGUCUCAGCUCUCUCGGCUGUUAGUGUUGACCCCAACGCCAUGUCUUCCAAAGACGUACCUUCUGUUGAUACAUCUAAGCUCAAGGUUGCUAUUGAGUAUGGGUUGUGUGAGAUGUUGAAUGCAGUGGCUAUAAGGCGUGAGCUUGCUCCUAAAGAUGGAAACUUUGACUUCAGGGUUUCGGAUCUUGAAGCUAUGUUUCCUGAGGGGAUGGUGGAUCAUGACGUGGAUAUGGUUUAUAAAGAGAUGCCAGAGUGGGAAGAAUCUGUGGAAGGUUGCAGAGAACGUUAUGUUAAUGUUGUAAAGGCUCUUGCUGAUAAGUAUCCUACUGAGAACUUGCUCUUAGUCACCCACGGGGAAGGAGUAGGAACUACAUUCUCGAAGUUCUAUAGAGAUACAACUGUGUAUGAAGUAGACUACUGUGCUUAUGUUGAGUUGAGAAGAGAGGUCUCAAGUAAAGAUGGGUCCGUUGAAACUGGGGAGUAUGAGGUGGUUUUGAGUCAUGGUCAAGCCGGAAUCAGGUUUAGUCAUGAUCAUGUUAGUGAUGAGCCUGUCAUAAGCCGAACACCGGUUUAGUCAAUGCUCUGAAGGGCCUCUGUUUUCUGUACUUUUGAUUGUAUUUGAAGUGUUUCUGUAUGAGUUAUGUAUGAAUCAUGGUUUCAAUGUUUUCAUUCAAAU